AUGCUCGAUGGAGGAUUUACUAUCGUAUCGAACAAUAAUAAUAAUAACAAUCAGAGGAGAGGAAAUAAUACUCAACAAGCUCUCAUGAUGGCUUCAUCAUGGAAAAAGAAACGAAAAGUAUUGGCUCAAGCAGAACAAGAACAACAAAAUCCAAAUAAUUCAUUGGGUACGCAUGGAGGAAAGAUGAUGAUAGAUUUAAUAGAGUUUAAUCCAAUACGAUUUGAGAGCCAAUUGGAAAAAGUCAGAGAGAAAUUAUCUGAAUUUAUAUUAAAUUGUUUCAUCAAUGAUAAUUAUCAAUAUAUUACUCAUCAGGUGAUUUGUUAUGGAAUUGGAGAUUUUGUUACGGAUAAAAUUGCACUUUCACAAUUUAAAGUAUUACUUUCUCUAUUGGAAAGGCUUAAGGAGAAGAUGAAUCAACAAGAAACAUAUUCAAUGUUUCAUGUAUGA